AUGACAAUAGCCAUGUCAGACGACGUGCUCAUGUCGUCCGCUCCCACCGCCUCUUCCUCAUCCUCAUCAAUAAGCCCUCCAAAUCCGAUUUACACCCUCUUGGGUCACACGAAAUCCCCCACGGCCCUCGCCUUCUCCCCGUCCGGCACGCUCCUCGCAACCACCUCUGCAGACAGCACGAUCAAGCUCUGGUCCGUAUCCACCGGCGUCCUCCUUCACACCUACACCACCCACACUUCCGGCAUCAACGACCUCUCGUGGUCCUCAGACAGCCUCUACCUCGCGUCCGCAUCCGACGAUCGGAGCAUCUGCAUCUUCAACGUUGUCACUCACACCCUCGUGCGCACCUUCGCCGAGCACACUUCCUACGUCCUUUGUUUGGCAUACAAUCCGCAGUCGACGCUGCUGGUGUCAGGGAGCUUCGAUGAGACGGUGCGGUUGUGGAAUGUCACCCGCGCCAAAAGUCAUCGUGUCAUCUCGGCGCAUUCCGAAGCGGUAACGGGGGUGGGGUUCAACGGGGAUGGGACGAUGAUCGUUUCCUGCUCGUACGACGGGUCUAUACGUCUAUGGGAUACGACAACGGGGGCGUGUCUAAAGACGCUAGUGCACAAAGAGCAGGCGCCGCUCGGUGGGGUCUGCUUCACACCCAGCAGCGCCCAACUCCUCAGCACCAGUCUGGAUAGCACCGUGCGAAUGUGGGACAUCUACAACUCCAAGAUUGUCAAGACCUAUACGGGACACAGCAACGGUAAAAUUCCGCUCACCGCACGGCUCGCCUUCCAUCUCGAAACGGCGACAGUGGUGUGCGGCGGCGAAGAUGGCAAGGUGACCCUGUGGCACGUGCAGAGCAAAAGCGUGGUGCGCCAGUGGCAGGCGCACAAGGAGGUGGUGGUCGCACUUGCAGUCCACCCCACAGCGAGGGUCAUGGCCACUGCAGCCGUCGAACCGGAGAACGCGGUCAAGGUGUGGUUCUUUGGCGAAAAGUAG